AUGGCUGAAUAUGAAGAUUGUAUUCUUGGAUUGAUAAUGGCCAUCGACAUGAAUGUCCACGAGUUUCUGUACAUACGGAAGUUGUGCAAAAGAUUCCCUAAGAUUGAGUUCAGACAUACUCCCAUAAUACAUAAUAAGUUGGCCGAUGAUCCUGCCACCAUCGACACAAUGAUUAAACAUCCAGAUGCCGAUUAUAUUGAUCCUAUGGAUAUAACGAUAAAGGAGAAACCAUUACAUUGUUCCUAUGUUGAAGAAGAACCCAACGGUUUGCCAUGGUAUCUUGAUAUUAAAAAAUAUUUAGAGUCCGAAACUUAUCCUGAGAAUGCGACGUCUAACAAGAAGAAAUCAAUACUCCGUUUGGCCCUCAAUUUCAUUCUGAGUGGAGAAGUAAUUUAUAGGAGGACCUCAGAUUUAAGUCUCCUCACAUGUAUCGAUGUUGUUGAAGUUGCGAAGCUUAUCAAACAAAUACAUGCUAGAGUUUAUGGUAAGCAUAUGAAUGGGGUCACUUUGGCGAGAAAGAUCCUUCGAGCCGGCUAUUUUUUGGAUGACUAUGGAGCAUGA